GAGGUGAAAGUGCAUAGCCUCGGGGGUCGAGCUGGUGUGGGAGAACCACAUCCUGAUGCGAUGUGACCUCGACCCGUGGCCCGGGGUCUGGGUCCAGGCUCGGGCCCGUGCGCUCGCUAAGGGAGAGGCGUGGCUUGCGUGGAGGGUCGCGCCAGCUAACCUGGGGGCGUGACCUCGUGCUUCUUGGUGACGUACCGUGGGGCGGGCUUACUACUGGGGCUGAGAUUUGGGGUCCCCUUGUGGAAAGAGAGGACGGGCUUCUGCCUAUCCAUUGACAGGUAGGUGCCACCUCAUGGAGACCCCCGCGGCCGCCGCCCCUGCCGGGAGCUUAUUCCCCUCCUUCCUGCUCCUGGCCUGCGGGACGCUGGUGGCCGCCUUGCUGGGCGCCGCGCACCGCCUGGGGCUCUUCUAUCAGCUGCUGCACAAGGUGGACAAGGCAAGCGUCCGGCAUGGCGGAGAGAACGUGGCCGCUGUGCUGAGGGCCCAUGGCGUGCGGUUCAUCUUCACGCUGGUGGGUGGGCACAUUUCCCCGCUGCUGGUGGCCUGUGAGAAACUGGGCAUCCGUGUGGUGGACACACGCCAUGAGGUCACCGCCGUCUUUGCUGCUGAUGCUAUGGCCCGUCUGUCCGGAACGGUGGGCGUGGUGGCAGUGACAGCAGGCCCUGGCCUCACCAACACGGUGACGGCGGUGAAGAAUGCUCAGGUGGCUCAGUCCCCAGUCCUGCUUCUGGGUGGGGCUGCCAGUACUCUGCUGCAGAACCGGGGUGCGCUCCAGGCCGUUGAUCAGCUGUCCCUUUUCCGGCCACUCUGUAAGUUCUGUGCGUCUGUGCGGAGGGUGCGGGAAAUUGUGCCCACCCUGAGGGCCGCGAUGGCUGCCGCCCAGUCGGGCACCCCAGGUCCGGUGUUUGUGGAGCUGCCCAUUGACGUACUGUACCCCUACUUCAUGGUCCAGAAGGAGAUGGUGCCAGCCAAGCCACGCAAGGGCCUCGUGGGCCGAGUGGUCUCCUGGUAUUUAGAGAAUUACCUGGCCAACCUCUUUGCGGGGGCGUGGGAGCCUCAGCCCGAGGGACCGCUGCCCCUUGACAUCCCCCAGGCUUCCCCGCAGCAGGUUCAGCGCUGUGUGGAGAUCCUGAGCCGGGCCAAGAGGCCCCUAAUGGUGCUAGGGAGUCAGGCCCUGCUCACCCCAAAGUCUGCCGACAAGCUUCGGGCUGCCGUGGAGACCCUGGGUGUUCCCUGCUUCCUCGGGGGGAUGGCACGGGGGCUGUUAGGCCGCAACCACCCCCUCCACAUCCGGGAGAACCGCAGUGCGGCCCUGAAGAAGGCAGAUGUCAUUGUCCUAGCAGGAACCGUGUGCGACUUUCGCCUAUCGUAUGGCCGUGUCCUCAGCCAUAGCAGCAAGAUCAUCAUUGUCAAUCGUAACCGGGAAGAUAUGUUGCUCAACUCAGACGUCUUCUGGAAGCCCCAGGAGGCUGUGCAGGGAGAUGUGGGUUCCUUCGUGCUGAAGCUGGUGGAGGGCCUUCAGGGCCAGACAUGGGCCCCAGACUGGGUGGAGGAGCUGCGAGAAGCUGACCGGCAGAAGGAGCAGACCUUUCGGGAGAAGGCAGCGAUGCCUGUGGCCCAGCACCUGAACCCAGUGCGGGUGCUGCAGCUGGUGGAGGAAACGCUACCUGACAACUCAAUUCUGGUGGUGGAUGGCGGGGACUUUGUGGGCACCGCUGCCCAUCUGGUACAGCCCCGUGGCCCCCUGCGCUGGCUCGAUCCUGGGGCCUUUGGGACUCUGGGAGUUGGCGCAGGAUUUGCACUUGGGGCCAAGCUGUGCCAGCCGGAUGCUGAGGUCUGGUGCCUGUUUGGGGAUGGAGCUUUUGGCUAUAGCCUCAUCGAAUUUGAUACGUUCGUCAGACACAAGAUCCCAGUGAUGGCCUUGGUAGGGAAUGAUGCUGGCUGGACACAGAUUUCUCGGGAGCAGGUGCUGUCUCUGGGCAGCAACGUGGCCUGUGGCCUGGCCUACACUGAUUAUCACAAGGCAGCCAUGGGUCUGGGGGCCCGGGGCUUGCUGCUCUCACGGGAGAACGAGGAUCAGGUGGUCAAGGUGCUGCACGAUGCCCAGCAGCAGUGCCGAGACGGCCACCCGGUCGUGGUGAACAUCCUCAUUGGGAGGACGGACUUCCGCGACGGCUCCAUUGCUGUAUAGGGCCUUGUGAGUCAGGAUGCUUGGCUGCCUUCCUGCCGCUGGACUGUGUCCAGCUGGUUUGGAGUCUCAUCAUUGCUUGCCCUGGGCCUAUCCCAUGAGGCCCGAUGACUCCACAACCUCCCUGAGGAGGGGAUGGAGGGGUCAAAGCUCAGAGAGGCUCCCUUGUGAGCUCUUCGACCCUCCUCUCCACGGACCCAACUGUGCCCUUUGUCCCCUCUCUUAUGGAGACUGAAUAAACCACCUCUGGCCCACAUGGGCCCACAUACUCAA